UUGUAGCUGACUCUUGUUGUGGUAGCCUAAUAGUCAUAGAGAAAUUAGUAUAGGUGUUCGCUACUCUCCGUGGGAGAUCUGGGAACGUAUCUCCUGCAGAGUAAUAUAGUAUUAUAUUAUGUUAAUCACAAAACAGUUGGGUGACACUCGCACAGAACCAGCUCGCACUACAAAGUCUAUAGUGUUGCACCCUUGGACAGUAGGACUACAAAGUCACACGCCCUGGCAGAGGCCCACUGGAUCGUUUCUAAAAUGCAAUGAAUGCAGUGUUUAAUCUAGCAGCCAGGCUGAGAAGCCUCUCGCCGAAAACUCGGUGAGGCAUGAAGUUAGAAUCCUUUAAUUCAGUCAUUCAUUACGUAGCGGAAACAAGCGUAUACACUUGAGUUUCUCCGCCCCCUGGUGAUGUUUUACAAUUAGUGUAUCGGAAACCUAGCCAGAUGCUAGCUACCUUAUCAGGAUGGCAUCACGUUGGGAAAGUCGACGAUUGAGCAGAGGUUUCAACUUAAUUGAUGUGCCUAAUGUGGACUAGUUAGUGCUAAACUAACUGUAGAGAUUCUAAAUGUCAUGUGAUGACAAGAAGAUGUUCAAGUGUUUCCUGAUGGUCAAAUGUCCCCUUCUUACUCUACGGUAGUGAUUAUGGAUGAGUGUUGCAACUUGUGAUAAUGUUGCUCAUGAAGAAAGUUCACAUUCUCACAUCUCUUUGAUUUCAAUGGAGGGAAACGAAUGAACUACCUUGUAAUGUAUACUAUACAGUAAUCAUGAAUGGACAACCUUGUAAUGUAUGGUAAUUGGGACUGUGAUGGAAAGGACCAGUGAUGGGUUGAUGUUGAUACAAAAUUAUGCACAUAAUGUUACAGUGGUUAUCAAACUAUUGAAAACUGUGAAUAUACUAGUAUCCACAAAAAGUCUGGACUGGACCCCGGUCCCUUAAUCAUGGAAGACCCCUUUCUGGAUUAUUGCUCCUCCCAGGAGUUGGCAGGAGAGGCAGAUGCUUUCAUUUGUACAGAAUGUGGAGAAGGUUUUGUGCAGUACUCCAGACUAGUCAGUCAUAUGGCCAUUCAUGGACCUUCAGAUUCAUUGCAGUUUGAUGCUACCAGUAAUGACUUUGAAACUGCCAUAGAGUUUGCUCUUCAUAAAAAUGGAACACUUACUGUAGUUGAGAGAUUGGACAAAGUAUCAAGUCAGUUUACUGAUCCCCAGUCACAGUCCACCACAGGGUCAUCAGAAAAUGGCACCAAGCUUUUUCCAUGUGAAAGAUGCGGCCAAGUAUUUAGUAGUAAGUUAAGUGUACAACAGCAUCAGCGGUAUCAUUCAUUGGGGCAAGGAUACAAAUGUACCUUGUGCUGCAAGGUUCAUUCUGACAGAGAGUCUCUUCGGGAACAUCUUCAAGAUCAUGCUCAUGAGAAAUUCUAUAGUUGUGGACACUGUGGAAAAAGAUUCCUAAAACAGGAGACUUUAUCAGUUCACCAAAAAGAAUGGCACGGAUCGCUUGUGGCCAGGAAUUCCAGCAAACUUGCAAAGACUCAGGAAAACAAUAUUGGGAAGUUCUAUCAGUGCAAGUUAUGUGAAUUGCACUUUUUUUGGCUAUCUGACCUACAGAGCCAUCUCAUCAGUCACUCCCUCAAAAAAAUUGUGCCUACAGACACCACUGAAUCGAUCAUUGAUGAGAAGGUACCCAGUGACCCUUCUCCUAAAAACAGUGCUGACAGAGCAUACCGAUGUGGUUUGUGUGGAAAAAGCUUCCAGAUACUGUCGGACCUCAAACAACAUCAUUUGUCGCACCAGACAAAGGAGGACAAAUCAAAAACAGUGGAAUCAAAGGCUACAACAAGACGGUCCCCAUCUGAUAACGUAAACAGAUCUUUCACACCCAAGCAACAGAUUCAUAGGUCGGAUGCUCCCAGGUCAAGAAGGAUGCGGGGUCGAUCACGUGGGUCCCACCAAAGCCACACUAAAUUGUAUCCAUGCAAACACUGCCACCGUGUAUUUGUGCACUCAAGUAGUCUUUCUCGUCACAACCGGUACCAUAAGGGAACUCUGCACACUUGUGUCUACUGUGGGAGACACUUUCCACAAAGAUGUGAUGUCACCAGGCAUAUAGCCAUGUACCAUAAAUCAGAACUGACAGCUACAGCUGAUGAGAAUUCUAACAAGCACAAAGAGUCACCAGAAAAGAAUGCUUCAGAGGAACAAGUAGCCGAAAAGGAUUUAGAUUUAGAAAGUCCAAGCAAUGAAUCCUCAGGGGCAAAAGAGAAAUCUGGUCCUCCUAAGGUACGAUUGUCUUUUAAGUGUCGUGAUUGUGGUAAAGUGUUUGGUUUGCUUAGUGUUUACCAACGGCAUCAACGUUACCACAAAAGAGAACCAGCUCGACAGCUACACAAAUGUACUCACUGUCGGUGCCGUUUUUCACAACUAUCGGCUCUUGAGCGCCAUCUAAAAACCCAUGACCAUGAGGCAUCUUCCGAGGUAGGAAAAGAAGGAUCAGCUACUGCAGAUACCAGUAAGGAUGACAACGUGGAAUCAGAGGACACUGACGAUACAGUUGAUGAUGAAGAUGCAAAUCCUGAAGGUGAUGAGAGUGUGAAUGCUGAAGUGCUGUAUGAAUGCACGGUGUGUGCCCAAACCUUUUCUUCCAUGAAAAUGUUCAUGAAACAUCAGCGUGAGCAUGGUUAACUUUGGGUGAGGAUUUCAUGUGUGAACGACAACAAGUUAACUACAAUUACUGAUCAUGUACAAUUGUAGCCCUGCUGUUUCUUGCUUACGAAGGCAAGAAUCUUAUUCCAAAAUGUCUUCAUAGUCCUAUAUUUUAAACAAAGGACUGUUGUUUGCCUUUGUAUGUUACACUUGACUAUCAAUGUCUCUUAAUUAGUGUUUUAGCACAUGGUGUCCCUUUUCUAUAACAGUGUGCAGUGCCAAAAUCAUGGAUAGGUUUUAGAUUUAUCAGUCAUCACACUAUUUCUUACUUGCUUUUGUGCUUCUGCCAUCCCCAUACAUCUACAUAAACUCCUUGUUGGUAGAUUUCAGAAGACAGGACAUUUGAUGUGGCGUUCAUUGUGCAUGAUAUUAGACCGUAUGUGUGGAUCAUUGGGGUGGAUAAACACCCAUGAGACUUUUAAAUGCUGUGCUAGAUCCAAAUGCCAGUCGAUCUUCUCAAUCAUUGUGAAUUUUAUUUCUGCCAAUGCGGCCAUUAUUCUGGCCACAACAGAAUGGACGAAGGAAUGUUGGCUUAGCAAACUGUUUUUACUGUGUGAAUUAAAUCUAAAUGUUUCUUCUUAA